UCGUUAUCAUAGCGACCUUCAUUCUUCGACCUAAACGUAAAUACAAUCCGUGUUCAUCUGAACGUAUUUAUGUAUCGACGCCCUUGCCAUGUCUAACACAGAAAAGAUUCUUGUAUUUCUUGGUAUAUACGUGGCAGCCAUAUACGGCAUAUCAGGAUUAUAUUUCGCAGGAGAAUGUGACAUGACCAAUCUGACCACACGGAUAAGCACGUGUCCACCAGGCUCCUGCUGCUGCUAUGACGCGGACAACGUACCGAUGACCAAGUACUGCAAGCCAAUCAGCGGCGACGGAGGUCCCUGCUAUGCCAAGGUGUUCGAUUGGCCGGCCAGUUGCCCGUGCCCCUCGAACAUGACGUGUGUCCCUAAUGUCCAGGUCGCCACGUGGACGUCUGAGUACGGACGGUGUCGUAAUUAAACAACGUAGCGAAAACAAAAGUGAAAUGCGUAUGUUUUCGUGCGUGCAUUUAUUAUACUGUUAGGACCGUUCAUCAUCUCUGUUUAAAUACUGUUACUUUUUUAUAGAUCCGAUCAGAACCAAAAUAAAGUGUUUUAUAAAAUCCCCUUUUAACAAUUUGGAAAAACUAAACAGACCAUCCAUCUGUCGUUCACUGAUUAUUAUUAAAUUAUGUAUUGAAAUUGCACGAAAACGCAUCUGACUCUGAGAAUGAAUGUGCGACUGUCAUCAAUUUAUGUAUUACUUUUUGAUAGAUAAAUAUGAAAGAAUUUUUAGAUAAAAUAAAGAACAAAACAUG